AACAUGGCUGACGUUCUGAAUGAAACUCUUCAAGAAGUUGCUAAAAAUGCAACUUCGAAGCCAAAAGCUUCAGCGGAAGGAAUGAUGAUUGCUUACUCUAGUCUUGUAAUUAUGGCUGUUCUACCAAUUUUCGUUGGAGCAUUUAGAUCUGUCAAGUGUUUAAAGCAGCAAAAAGAUUCUGGUGAAAAACCUGAAACAAUGUCCAAGAAGGAUGCAGCCAUGUUUCCUUUUAUUGCUAGUGGUGCUCUUUUAGGUCUAUACAUAUUUUUCAAAGUUUUCUCGAAGGAAUACAUAAACUUACUUGUUACUGUGUACUUCUUUGGAUUGGGAGUGAUAGCUUUGACUCAUAUUUUAAGCCCUGCUAUAUCCAAACUUGUACCAAAAAGUUUUCAAUCACAUCAUCAUUUAGUAUACACGAGAGAUGCAGGCACAGAGAAAGAAGAAUUGCUUGAUUUUUCAUUUGCUACUUCCGAUAUCAUCGCUCUGGGCUUAUGCAGCAUUGUUGGUAGUGUUUAUCUGUGGAAUAAGCAUUGGAUCAUUAAUAACAUUUUUGGCUUAGCAUUUGCUGUGAAUGGUGUUGAAUUAUUGCAUUUGAAUAACAUCAAAAUUGGAUGUAUUUUGCUUGGAGGCUUAUUUAUAUAUGACAUAUUUUGGGUUUUUGCAACAGAUGUUAUGGUUACUGUUGCUAAGUCAUUUGAAGCACCUAUAAAAUUGGUGUUCCCUCAAGAUAUAUUAGAAAAUUGGUUAAGCAGCAACAAUUUUGCAAUGCUUGGCCUUGGUGAUAUUGUCAUUCCUGGAAUAUUUAUUGCAUUACUUUUACGCUUUGAUCUCAGUUUAAAACGAGGUCAAAAGCUGUAUUUCUAUUCAAGCUUCAUUGCAUAUUUCCUUGGUUUAAUACUUACCAUUUUCAUCAUGUCAUACUUCAAACACGCACAGCCUGCAUUACUGUAUCUUGUACCAGCAUGCAUUGGAAUACCUGGUCUUGUAGCAAUUGCCAAAGGAGAUGUUAAAGCACUUCUUACAUAUGAAGAUCAUCCUGAAGAGGAAGCAUCAAAAGAAGGUACACCUGACAGGAAAGUUGAAAGCACAAUGAGUGAAGAAAAAAAGAAAGUGAAAUGAUGUGAACUUGAAAAGUAUAUUAUGACACAAAAACGUUACCCAAUAAAAUUAAAAACUUAUAUAAAUUCAUUUCCAUUCAAAGUAUUGCAUACAUCAAGAUCUUCCUUUUAUUAAUCAAUUCUACAUUUUGGCAGUUGUACUUAAUCAAAAUCUUUAAAUAAAAUUUAAAAAAAAGUUUGAAAAAAUGACUUAUUAAAUUUUUAUCCUUUCAUAAUUUGGUAUCUGAACAAUUUUAGUUUUUAGUUAAAAAUGCUUAAAGUUUUUAAUUUUAUUUAUUUCCAAUACUUAAACAAUCCAAUAUACACUGCCUCACAUUGCUGCAGAUUGUACAUGUGCAAUUACUAUUUUGUUCUUUAUGUUUUGAAAAUGAAGUCUCCAUUUGAUAAUCAACAUUCUAUGUAUUUUCCUUUGUUUCAGAAUAAAAAUUUGUAGAAAGUUUAAA